AUGUCCGCCCAUCCCAUAACCAUACUGGGCACCGGCAUCGCAGGCUUAACGCUCUCCCAAUGCCUGCUCAAACGCGGCAUCCCUUUCCACCUCUACGACCGUUCCCCAACCCCAGCCCGAAACAACUACGCUAUUACGUUAUACGCGUCUACGUAUCGGGCAUUAUGUAAAGAGCUAGGAAUCUCAGAGCGCGUCUUCCUCGAGCGGCCAUCCAAACCAACCACCAACUCUCCCACAUCUCCCUCACCCCAUCCACCGCCUCGCAACCCGCUUCGAAACACCUCCACUUCACAAACGCCCCCCGAGAUCCACACACCCGGCCUCGUCAUCGCCGCAGACGGCGUGCACUCCGCCGCCCGCGCUGCCCUCCUCCCCGCUAUAGCGCCACAGAUCCUGCCCUACGUCGCCUUCAACGGCCGCCGCGAACUCUCCAACGAGGUGUUCGAGGAGCUCUACGCGGCCGCCUUCGCAUCCUCCCCCAUCCCCUUAGCCAUCGCGCACAAAAUUGGCGACGCUCUGUUGAGUAUCGCCCUAGUCGCGCAAACAGCCAACACCACGACGCUCAGCUGGACCUACUCGCGCCCCGCCCCGCCCGCAGACCCGUGCUUCAACCCCACCCGUCCCGUGUCCAGCGCAACGCAGAUCCCGGAGGCGUCGUACGCCGAGCUCGCGCAGCUCCAGGCCCUCCCGCAGCCGUUUCGGGAUGUCUUCGACGGGGAGAAGGUGAGGGGGGAGCGGGUGCUCCACUGGCUGAUGCGCGCGCUCCUCGUGCCGUCGGAGGAGUUGACGAAGCUGGCAGGGAAGGGGGUGGUAUUGGUCGGGGAUGCGGGGCACGCGGAGGCGAUUUUGGGGGGCGAGGGGGCGAAUGGGGCGGUGGGGGAUGCUGUGGGGUUGGCGGGGUGGAUUGAGGAGAAUGGGGUGGAGGGGGUGGAACGGUGGUGUGGGGAGCGGUAUGGAGCGUGGGAAGAGGGGGUUGGGAGGAGUAGAGACAGGAUUACAGCGAUGCAUGGGGAGGCGGAGGGGAAGGCGGUGUUGUAG